AUGCUCAACGAAUUGAAUGAAGCAGGGAAGAGAAUAGGGCUACGAAUAAACAGAAAGAAGAUACAGUUCAUGAAGAAAGCCCACUGCGAGGACGGAGGAGUACAACUUGAAGGCUCCCAAAACGUGGAAACUCCGUCAUACGUAUACCUCGGACGUUCUAUGAACAUGGAAAACGACAUGAAGGAAGAACUGAAUAGAAGAAUGAGAGCAGCAUGGGCAGCAUUCGCAGCCGUCAGGGAAGCUACGGACCAACUGACGGACCAAGAUCUUCGUGCCCAUCUGUUCGACUCGACAGUCCUUCCAGCGCUCUGUUACGCAGCCGAGACGUGGGCAGACACCGCGGCCACGUCUAGGAAGCUACUUACUACCCACAGAGCCCUUGAGAGAUGUCUCCUGAAGUUUAACCGGCGCACACAACACCUUGCCGGUCUUCGUAGCUCCGACUUAAGAGGAAUGUCCCGUCUUCGCGACCCAGCGGAAUAUGUAUCGAAAGCAAAACAUAGAUGGGCCGGUCACAUCAUGAGAAGAAUCGACGAUAGAUGGACUAAAAGAACGCUAGAGUGGAUCCCAAGCGACGCUAAACGCCCCCGAGGGAGACCGCCAACGAGAUGGGGUUACGUGUUCGCUGCACGGAUGGACCAGCUGAGAGCUCAGCUGGAUACGGCUCAAGGACCUCGUCAACGUCACUCACGAAGCUUGUGA